GACCUGAACUCCCAGAAUGACAUCAACGGCUGGACUUGCUUGCACUGGGCAUGCAAAAGAAAUCACGCUCAAGUGGUGUCCUACCUGCUGCGUUCGGGGGCCGACAAGGAGAUUCUCACGAGGAAAGGAGAGCGGCCCGUCCAGCUAACGUCCAAGAGGGAGAUUCGGAAGAUGCUGGGAGUGGAAGAUGAUGAACUCCCAGACUUAACGAAAGAUUCCGAUUUGCCAAUCAUCCCGAACUACCUGGCUAACCCACCGUUCCUGUAUGUCUAUAACACCAUGAGCAACAACAGUAUUCCAGGCGCCUCGGUGAACGGCAGCGUCUCGCCCUCGGAGCUGCGCGACGGCAGCUCUCCCUGCUCCUCACCUCGCGUGGCAGCGUGCCCUUGUGCAUCGUCCCCGUGGCAAAACGCUGCCCCGGAGGUGGUCAGUAACGGAGACAGGUCGUCGCUGCCUGGCGGCUGUACCGCACCACCGUGCCCAAAACCCGUCAGUCAGAACGGCCCGGUGUACCAGACACCCGUGUCUUGGAGCAGGAGUUCCCCUUCUCCCGUUGGAUCAAAACCGGCCGCCCCUCAGCAGCAGAACGGCUUCUGUCCCAGGCCCGUGCCGACUUUUCAGCCGGUCUUCUUCACGGGAGCUUUUCCACUUAAUAUGCAAGAACUGGUGCUUAAAGUUAGAAUACAAAACCUUAGCCUUAGAGAAAAUGACUUCAUUGAAAUUGAACUGGACAGACAAGAACUGACCUAUAAAGAACUGCUCCGGGUGAGUUGUUGUGAGCUGGGCGUUAACCCUGAACACGUAGAGAAGAUCAGAAAAUUGCCAAAUACAGUGCUAAGAAAGGACAAAGAUGUUGCACGGCUACAGGAUUUCCAAGAACUGGAGCUUGUUCUAACAGUAAGCGACAAAAACUUACUUUUCAGAGUUCCAACACUUUCUGAACGGGGUGGUUAUAACAAGAAAGCAUCAGAACUGACAUACUAAUUGUUUAAAGAAGAAUAAAACAAAAUAUUUGUAUCUCUCCUUUUAAAAUUACGUGUUUGAAACAUAUUAUCUAUAAGGGCUAAUGAUGUGAAAAAGAUCUAUUUUGUUAACCUUGAAAUAAACUAAAGAUGUUAUGCA